AAUUAUCAACCACAAGUACAUAAAUAUAUCGGAUCCUAGGUCGGGCGCAUCACUUUGACUUUUGAUUGAAUGAUUAGUUAGUUAUGCGGCUGGUGAUGUUUCCAGACACUAGUGAACAAAAUUAAAUGCCUCACUCAAAAAAGCCGUACGAUUUUAAUUUUAAAGUAGCCUUUGCUGGUAAUGCCGGUGUUGGCAAGACGGCAUUGAUGAUACGUUUCACUAAAGGAACUUUUACCGAGAGGCUAUGUACUGUUGGAAUCAGUCACGACACAAAAUUAUUAUCCAUCGACGAUAAUUCCUGUGUACAGCUGGAGAUCUGGGACACUGCAGGACAGGAACGCUUCAGAACAAUUACUCAAAGUUAUUACAGAAAUGCAAACGGUUUAAUUUUACUGUACGAUAUCACAAAAUACGAAUCACUGACAGGACUAAGAGAAUGGAUAGAUGACGUCAAACGAUAUGCUUCGCCAAAUAUACUCAUGAUUUUAGUUGGGGCAAAACAGGAUUUAGCAAAGGAUAAACGCGAGGUAACGGAGGAACAAGCCAAGAAUUUUGCUUUUAGUUAUCCUGAGAUUGUUGAUGUAGUCGAGACGUCUGCUAAGAAUUCAGUGAAUAUCGAAACUGUGUUCAUAAGAUUAGCACAAGCGAUGAAAGAACAACAUGAAACGCGACACCUAGCUGACCAACCCCAAACAAGAUCGUUUAGUGACUACACUAUAAAUAAUCGUCAUAAACCUUCACUGUUUUCUAAUUUAUGUCGUGUUAAUGGCUGCUGUACAUGAUUGCAUGGUGUAGUGAAAUUCAAAGUGAAAUGAAACUCGUCUAAUACAACAGUAUUUAAUACGUAACCCCAUUAAAUAAAUCAGUCUAAUGACCACUUUCGAUUCUUUCGAGAAUUAUCUGGGAGAGGGUUGUUUAAUCCUUGGUGAAGUGACGUCACUGUUACUAAAUGUAAGCGAAGUGCUGAAAGGUUUUUGUCAACAUUGCCAUACCUUUUUUUUGCAAAGCUGGUCAGAAAUAUUUGUGAUCAAUAAAUGAAAAUCAUGGGAACUAAAACACCAAGUAAAUGUACCUUGUAAAAACUAAAAGUUACAGUAUAUUGAAAUGAUAAAUAAAUUUUAG